AUGGAGACAAAAAUUGAUAGAGGUCGUGUGGAAAUUGUGAAAUCACAUAUUGGUUUUGAAGGUGGUCUGAUCAUCGAUAGAGUGGAUAUUGGUGGAGGCUCAGUGAUGUUUUGGAGAAAGAACGAUACAGUCACGGUCCUAAGUUAUUCGAGAAAUUAUAUCGAUAUUAUAGUUAAGCUUGACGGUGAAGAGCCUUGGCGCCUUACUGGUUUCUAUGGUUUUCUUGAGGCAUCUCGACGUAGAGAUUCUUGGAAUUUGAUUAGAAGGAUAAAGGAUAUGUCGAUGCUCCCUUGGGUGUGCCUAGGGAACUUUAACGAUCUCUUAUCGCCGAUUGAGAAACGAGGAAGGAGGGAAAUCUAUUUGUCCAAUUGUGAAGGUUUUCGACAAGCGCGUGAUUAUGGUGAAUUGAUAGGCAUUGAGAGUCGAGGAUAUUCGUUUGCUUGGGAAAGAGGUCGAGACACAGAUAAUUGGGUUGAGGAGAAACUCGACAGGGCAGUGGCGUGUCCGAAUCGGAGGAGGAAACAUCGUCUUGCUAUUGUUGAACAUUUAGCCACAGCUACAUCAGAUCAUAUUCCGAUCCUUCUGCAUCCAAGCUCGCUGGUAUAUGUGGUGAAGGUUAAACCUUUCCGUUCUGAGAAUUUAUGGAUUCGUGAAACAGAAUGCAAGGAAAUAGUGGAAAAGGCCUGGAACUCGUUGUUAAGCAACCAAAACUUAGAGAAAAUAAAUAUUUGUGGUCAUGCACUUCAAACUUGGGGGGAUUCCUUAUCCAAGCAGUUUCAUGAGAAGAUCAAGGAGAGUAAGAGGCAAAUGUCAGCUCUGAGAGGAAGAUGUGAUGUGGAAGGGAGAAGACGGUUUAUGGAGGCUCAACUAUUAUACUCGAACACUCUUGCAAGACAAGAAAUCUUUUGGAGACAAAGGGCAAAACAACACUGGCUUCGGGAUGGUGACCGCAAUUCUAAGUUUUUUCAUGUGAAGGCAUCUGCUAGAAAAAAGAAAAACACUAUAUCCCAAUUGAAAGAUGACAAUGGUGUGUGGAGAUCUUGGAAAGAUGGUCGGGUGGCUCCAUCAGAUAAUGCAUUAUUGAUCGAGGAGGUAACUGAGGUGGAGAUAAAGCAGACAGUUUUCUCUAUGCACCCAGACAAGGCUCCAGGUCCCGACGGAAUGAAUCCUAGUUUUUUCCAGACCUUUUGGCAUAUUAUUGGUAGAGAUGUUGUCGAAUCGUGUGUUCAAAUCCUUAACUCUGAAUCAUUACCCAGAGAUCUUAAUGACACAUUUGUUACGCUGAUUCCUAAAAAGGGAAGGCUAGAGACCAUAGGAGAUUUUAGGCCUAUCACCUUAUAUAAUGUCCUAUACAAGAUCAUUUCGAAGGUGCUUGCAAACAGGCUAAAAAGGAUCUUUGACAAAGUGGUUUCAAAAUCACAAAGCGCUUUCAUUCCCGGAAGGUUGAUUACAGAUAAUGUUCUUCUUGCUUUUUGA